GAGGCUUGAAGCGCCGGUGAAGCGCUCAGGUCGGAGUGACAGCGGCGCUGCCUGUCAGGCUCGGGUGAGCAACGCGCCAUGGACGCAGAGCUGGCAGAGGAGCGCGUCUUGCAAGCUGAGAUCGCGGCGGUGCGGCGAGCGUGUGAGAACCCACCGGCGCCCUGGGAAGAGAAGUCCAGAGUCCAAAAAUCUUUUCAAGCCAUACACCAAUUCACUUCGGAAGGAUGGAAGUCUUCAAAAGAUCUGAAGAAUCAGCUUGGACAUUUAGAAUCAGAACUUUCAUUUCUAAGUACGCUUACUGGCAUCAAUAUAAGAAAUUACUCCAGGCAGACAGAAGACCUAACAAGCACUGAGAUGGCAGAAAAGAGUAUAAGAAAAGUUCUACAGAGACACAGAUUAUCAGGAAAUUGCCACAUGGUUACAUUUCAACUUGAAUUUCAGAUUCUGGAAAUUCAGAAUAAGGAGAGAUUAUCUUCUGCUGUUACUGACCUCAACAUAAUAAUGGAGCCCACAGAAUGCUCAGAAUUAAGUGAAUUUGUGUCUAGAGCAGAAGACAGAAAAGAUCUGUUCAUGUUUUUUCGAAGCCUGCAUUUUUUUGUGGAGUGGUUUGAAUAUCGUAAGCGCACGUUUAAACAUUUCAAGGAAAAGUACCCAGAUGCCGUGUACCUCUCGGAGGGGCCCUCCUCCUGCUCCAUGGGGAUCCGCAGUGCCAGCCGGCCAGGGUUUGAAUUAGUCAUUGUUUGGAGGAUACAAAUAGAUGAAGACGGGAAGGUUUUUCCAAAGCUGGAUCUUCUCACCAAAGUCCCACAGCGAGCCCUGGAGCUGGACAAGAACAGAGCCAUAGAAGCCGCUCCUCUCAGCUUCCGAACCCUGCUCGGAGUGCUUGGAAUCGAAGCUGCUCUGGAAAGCUUGAUAAAAUCGCUUUGUGCAGAGGAGAACAACUAGUUCUAAAACAGUGAACGGGAGGGUUAAGAUGCUGCGCGGAGGAGCAUGCAAUUUUAUUGAAUAUAAACAUUUGCUAUUUUCCACUUAGAACCACAACCUGAAGACAUGCUGUCUAUGCAGUUAUGGCACAUUAUAUGGAAAUUCUGAUGACAUGAAAAAUAAAUACAGCUAGUUAAGUAUAAAAUGCCAAAUAAAAGUGACAUGUACAAUGUGGUUUAUAAAAA